GCCGGGAGCGGGGCGGACGCUCGCACCCCUCCUUUCCUCCCCUCCUCUUCGCCUGGCGCGCUCGGGCUCCGGAGCUGACAUGGGCGCCGCCGCGCGGGCACGGCGGCCUCUGCCGCUGCAUACAUGUCUCCUGCUACUGCUUCUGCCUCUCCCCGGGCUGCCCGCAGGCCCCUGGGACCCGGCCGGGUACCUGCUCUACUGCCCCUGCAUGGGGCGCUUUGGGAACCAGGCUGAUCACUUCUUGGGCUCCCUGGCAUUUGCAAAGUUGUUGAACCGCACCUUGGCUGUACCUCCGUGGAUUGAGUACCAGCAUCACAAACCUCCCUUCACCAAUCUCCAUGUGUCCUACCAGAAGUACUUCAAGUUGGAGCCCCUCCAGGCCUACCAUCGGGUCAUCAGCCUAGAGGAGUUCAUGGAGAAGCUGGCUCCGACCCACUGGCCCCCCGAGAAGCGGGUGGCAUACUGCUUUGAGGUGGCGGCACAGCGAAGCCCUGACAAGAAGACAUGCCCCAUGAAGGAAGGAAACCCCUUUGGCCCAUUCUGGGAUCAGUUUCAUGUGAGUUUCAAUAAGUCGGAGCUUUUUGCAGGCAUUUCCUUCAGCGCUUCCUACAAAGAACAAUGGAUUCAGAGAUUUUCAGCAAAGGAACAUCCUGUGCUCGCCCUGCCAGGGGCCCCAGCCCAGUUCCCUGUCCUGGAAGAACACAGGUCGCUCCAGAAGUAUAUGGUGUGGUCAGACGAGAUGGUGAAGAUGGGAGAGGCCCAGAUCCGAUCCCACCUCAUCCGGCCCUAUGUGGGCAUUCAUCUGCGCAUUGGCUCUGACUGGAAGAACGCGUGCGCCAUGCUGAAGGAGGGGACUGCAGGCUCGCACUUCAUGGCCUCCCCGCAGUGUGUGGGCUACAGCCGCAGUACAGCCGCCCCCCUCACCAUGACCAUGUGCCUCCCGGACCUGAAGGAGAUCAGACGGGCCGUGAAGCUCUGGGUGAGCGCGCUGAACGCCCAGUCAGUCUACAUUGCCACUGACUCUGAGAGUUACGUGCCCGAGAUCCAGCAGCUUUUCAAAGAGAAGGUGAAGGUAGUGAGUCUGCAGCCUGAGGUGGCCCAGAUCGACCUGUACAUCCUCGGCAGAGCUGACCACUUCAUUGGCAACUGUGUCUCCUCCUUCACCGCCUUCGUGAAGCGGGAGCGAGACCUUCAGGGAAGACAGUCCUCUUUCUUUGGCAUGGACAGGCCCCCUCAGCUGCGGGACGAAUUCUGAUCCUGGCUGGAGAAUGUCACCAGUUGCAGCUGGUCCUUUCAGCCAGGCCUGGCAGCCAGAGGGGCUCUGAGGACUGCAAGCUCCUCUUCUUGCCCUCCAGAGCUGGAGAACAGUAUCAGGGACUUGUGGAGGAGGGAGAAGUUCCAUCCCCAGGCUCCUAGGUGCAGGGCAUCUCCCACCUCAUGUGCUUCCUGGUUCUCCUGGGAAUUUCCCACAAAGGUAGAGCAUUCAAGCCUCUGUCCUUUGUUCUGCCCUGGGGUGAGCAGCCUGGGAAGCCGAACUCUCUCCAGAGAGGUUUUUAUAUAGAAGGAUAUUUAUAGUUUUGAUACAAGGUCAUGGCCACCCCAGGACCCUCCUUCGUUUUCUAAAGUCAGUGAACUCCAUUAGCAUAGAUACCCAAAGUGACCUUAACCGAAUGUGACUGCAGCCAGGACUGGGGUGGGUCUUUUGGUCACUCUUCCAGGUGUCCCCCAAAGUGGCCCUCAGACCCAUCCCCACUGCCUGACCAGAGCCAGCGUCAUCCCCACUUCCUAGCCAUGUCCGGGUUUGGGGUGUGAAUAUGCACCUCUGUCGGAACACUCGGCGAGUGGACGUUAACAGUCAUGGCGCUGUGCAGUGCUCCGGGGGCCAGUGGCGCUCACAUGGCACAGUCCCGGCUCAGAACCCAGCAAGCCUGCUGAUCACUGUAUUGUCUCUUGGUGGUUGGUGGCUGCUACAGACCUGGCACCUUGGGGUCCUCAGUGGAUCACUGGGGUCAGGGCUGUGGGCCUGACAGGAUCCUCUGAAGGUUGCCCCUGAAAGGGCCUGUGGGUAGGAUUUGAGUUGAUGUCCAGAACCUGGUCUUCCCCUGACCCCGUUCUGUGGUUUGGGAGCCCUCAAACCACCUAUUCACAAAGGAGUGUCUGCCAAGCGUCUGACACAUAGAAGGUGCCCAGGGUCCAGAAGCCUUUGGAGUUCCCAGUGUAGAAGCAACCUUUGCCCCUUUCCAUCAGAGGUGAUCUCUGCCAAAACCUCGAAAUGCUAGGGGUUACCAUCCUGAGGUUCUUUUCUCUAGAUGCUACAGUUUCCAUAACACCUGACUCCCAAGAGCCUGUGAUUUCUUUUGAGCUCGCAGUUCUAAAAUUCCACAUCAACACCUGUGGCCUUUGAUCCUGGAGAGGUGACCCAGAGCUCCAUGAGGGGCUUCUCCCUUCAUUGCCUUUGGGAGGAGAUGUUUGUGGUCAGGGUCAGAGAUCGCAGGAGGAUCUCUCUAACACCACGUCAGCGUUUGCUGUGUAGAACUGGUGCCUGGCUUUACCGAAAGGGCUUGUAUAGUUUUCCCUCCUGGAAACCCAGUGAGGUGUUUUAAACCCUGGGUAAACUCGGAGCUGGCUUAGCUUUCCAGCCUCACCCAGAGGAAGGGCCACAGACAAGGGAGCCUGUGCGCUCUCUGCCUCCACCAGGUUGUUGAGACAGCAUGGCUUGCUGGCCAGUUCGUUCCUGACUCUGCUGUUCAUUUUCAUCUGGUGUUCACAGCCUUACACUAGGCACACGCUCUAGAGUCGGGGCUGCAGUGGGCCAUCCAGAUCAGCGGGAUGGGCAUGGGCAGGAAUCUAACCAGUGCUCUAGAAGAGAAGGUGCUGGAGCCCUUGGCAGCCUCAGCUGUGAUCUGUGGGCAAGCACUUUACUCUUUGACCCAGCUUCUACCCUGUAAAAUGGUGGUAAAACCAACGGGUUGUCAAAAGGCUCAAAUCAGUUAAAGCAUGUAUGCAUAAGAGACAUCGUAAACUUGAGAGACAAAGGCGCACACGUAGCUGUGGGUUAAUCUGGCUGCUGCUUGUGCACACUUCCUCCUUGCCAGGCACCGUGCUUGCCAAAUGCUUAAUGGGCAUUCUCUUGUUUAGUCCCCAUCCCAGUCCUGAGAAGCAAGAACUAUUAUUAUCUCUUUCUGCAUGAGGAAAAAAAAAAGAAUGCUCAGAGAAUUCUCAUAAUUUCCCCAAUGCUGUGCAGCUGGUGGUGAUAAGCCAGAAUUUGACCCCAAAAACCAGUUCUGUUAUCCACCACCAUGCUCCACUGCCUUCAGUUCACAAAAUGCACUUUGCACUGUGUGCCACGGAGACCUCUGCUGGGAAGGAUCAGCCGUUUUGACUUCCAGUGGGCGCUGGCUGUGGGUUUGCCAUGCAAGGUGUUGGGGGAGGCGGUCACCCACGAAACAGUGCACGUGAAGUUGACAGCUCCCUCAGAUAGUUAUGUAGUUUGACAUUCUCAUUAAGCACGUGUUUAUUAAGCACCUACUAUGUUCCAGUCUCUGUACUAGGAAGAAUGGAUGCAGCAGAGAAUCAAAUCUAGUCUUUGUUCUCAAAGGAUUUACAUUCACAAAAGUAGAAGACAAAUUGAGCAUAUUGUGGAAGAUGUUGGUGCUAUGAAGAAAAAUAAAGGACUUAGGGCAGCAGUGGGAAAACUGUUUCAGAUAAGAAUAGCUGCCAAAGGAGAGAAGGAGCGUAUUCCCAACAGAGGAAAUGAGACUUGUCAAGGCCCUGCGGCUAGCACAUGCUCCUGAAGAGCAGCCAGGAGGUCAGUGUGGCUGGUGGCAGGAGCAAAGCAAGGAUCCAAGCAAUCAGGUGCCACUCCCAUAGCCAGAGCGCUGUGCCAAGGCCUAGACUCGGCUUUUAGUUGGAGAGCUACGAGAGCCUAAGCAGGGUUCUGGACAGAAGAGGAUCAUGCUAGAUUACAUUCUUGAAGGACCCCUUAAGCUGGCAUGGGGAGAGGAAGGGUGAGAGCAGAGACCAGUGUGGGGCUGUGGCCAGGGCGCAGGCGAGAGACGAGGGGGCUCAUCCCCCUGAACUGGAACUCCAACAUCUUCUCCCGGGAGGCACAGGCCAUCAUUGUGUUGAAGAAGGUAGGAAAUGGCCAGAUUCUCAAUGUAUAGAUUUUUAUAAUUUUUUGAAGAUAUGAAUCUUUGCAUAGUUUUAAUCAUGCAGUAUAUACGAUUUAAUGUCUUUUUUUACUUAACAGUAUAUCAUAUAUUCCCUGUUCAUAGCCUGAAUAAAUUAACUAUGUCACAUUC